GGAAAGAAUACGAUCCGAAUAACGCCUACGCCUCCCAUUUUGGUUGAAGAAGUUGUCGCAUCAACAUACCCAAGUAGUUAGGCUCUUCCUUUUGAUUCAACGAUUUGGAUUUCAAUUGAUUAUACUGUAGUUUGUGCCAAGUAGGUGGGUCACCGUCACUAGUAUAAAAAUCGUAACAGUAAAUCUUUAAUCUCUCCCAAAACCAUCAAAAAUGUUGAUCGCCUGUCCUGCUCCUGACUUUACCGCACUUGCGUGCAUGGUCGACAACUCGUUAGUCGGCUUGCUUGUGUCUUUAUUCAAAACUGCACUGUCUGCAGCGGUGUUGACGUGAGUCCGUAUAGUUGUUGUUUGCUUUACCUUCUUUCUGGGGCCUCUCGCUAUUCUCAGCGCCGUGGACGAGCUACUUUUUUGACAAGACAAAUGCUCGCGUCUGGUGGUUUGGGCUGCGAGUAGUGAAGGUCACGUGAUCGCGACGUAGAACGCCUGGCGGAGUCAGUAGGGUUUGUUCGUUCAGGAUCCACGUUGUAGCUUUUGGGUACUCGUGUCCGCGCCACCUGCUUUCUUCAGCAGAAAUAGCUGGAGAUAGAAAAGGCUCUGCCUUAUCCUCGGUCAAGUGCGUACGUGCAAGAAAAACACCAGGGAAAAUGACAAGGGUGGCGGACUUCGACGGACAUCUCGUUUACUUUCAUUCAUUCAUAUAAGGAACAGUAGUAGAUUUUGACUAGUACUGAUGCAUCGUGAAGAACACUCACAGACAUAUUAACCAUCGGCGCCUGUGUGUCCGCGGUGGCGCAGCAUCUUAUGGGGGACGAAGAGCAGAAGGGGUGACAUUUGGUGUUCUUCGCACACGAAUUCAAGUGUCGAGCACUCUAGUUCAUGCACUUAAGGCUGAGGCGGAAGCCCCUCCAGCAGAUCGUCCUCUUCCGAAGUGUCGUCUGCUUCCGAAGGCCGAAAUCUGAGUCAUGGUGAACGAAUGAAUGAAAAAUGGUGGACCACAAUUGAUUAAAACUAAUCCCAC